AUGCACAGAUGUAGCAGGAAUUGUCAGAUACUUAUGAGCUACUUUAGCUACUAUUGGGAAGCAGGAUGCAUUAUUGGUCCCACCACUUAUACACAGAUUGUUUUUUUACCAAUUGGAACAUGGCAGCAACUUUCAAGAAUAGAUAUAAUUUCAAUAACUGUUAAUGAUGAGGUCAUCCCAUUUUGUCAGACAGCAGCUAAUCUGGGCUUCAUGAUUGAUUUAGGCAACAACCACAAUAAAAACAACAAUACGAAAAAUAACGUGAAACGCAACCCAAACAACAACAACAACAAGAAUAACAACACCAAAACCGCACAACAUCAUCAUCAUCGAAUGGACAACAACAAAUUUCAACAAAUCAGAACAACUGCUAGACUCAUCUACAAAAAAACACAAAUCACCCAUCACAUAAACAACUGGAAAGAAGACAAAGUGAAGGUCCUCAAAACAACAAUUAACAACCUAAAGGACAACAUCAACCCACCCAACAAGAACGACACAUUCAACCAAGCAAUUACAGAAAUUCUCGACAACACAUAUAAAACCAUCAAAAACACGAUCAUCAACCAUCUCAACAACGAACUUUCCAACCACAACACCAUACACUACGAAAACAUCGACCUGAUAGAUGAUACAAAACCUAUCGAAGACCACAUCAGGUUCCUCCAGAGAAAUAAAAACUUUCAUAACCACAAAGAAAACGUAGAUGACAUCGUAAAAAACGAAAUUAAAAGAAUCAAAGCCAUCAUAUCCAACAACAAUAGCAACAACAAUACAAAAUACAACACAAAUAAUAAAGACUCCAUCAUCACUAGCACGCCCAUUAAUAACCACGACGACAACUACGACGACAUCAGCAACACGAUCAACAACAACAUUGAGCACAAUAAUAAUAAUAACUGUAAUGAUAAUAAUAAUAAUAAUAACGAUAAUAAUAAUAAUGGUAAUAAUAAUAAGAAUAACAACAACAACAACAACGAUAAAAUUAAUAACAACAUCAACGAACACAGCAACAAACCAACUCUCACCAACUACAAUCACAAUAACAACCUAACCCUAGAUGCGGAUGGCAACCUACCUUGCACAUCCAACUCAAAACCCACAAACCACAACCAACCCAACAACAACCACAAGACAUUCUUAACUCCAACUAACCAAAUCUCACCAAAACCCAACAACAACAACAACCCGAACAAUGAAAACAUAAACACCAACACAAUCACCGACGACGACACCAAUACACAAACUUAUAACAUCACAUGCGACAAUGAAGAAGAUGUAGAAGAUAACGAACAAACCAUCUACAACACCUUCAUCAACGAAAUUCUCACCAACCAGAACGACCCAACCAAUGGCAACACCUAUAACGAUAACGACACCGCAGAAUCAGAUAACCACAACAACAACAAUACCAACAAUACCAACAAUAACAAUAGCACAACAGAAUCUGAUAAUAGCAUUACAAAUGAGGUGACAAACAACCAAGACGCCAACAACAACAACCAGAACAACAACUACGAGAACAUUCUCCAAACCGGAAACAAAAACAACAACAACAAAUUCAUAAUCGUUCGACCAUACAACAGACAACUUAACUCAUUCUACGAAGAUAUCAUCACCACUCUAAUCCUACAUGGAUGCAUCCAAAACCACAACGACAUCCUACAAGCAUACACAAUCAACAAACCACUACACCGCAUACUAUUUAGGCACUGA